GGCACAGGGACAUUUGGCAGAGUGUAUUUAGUGCAGCACAUGCAGACCCGAAGUUUUCGAGCUCUGAAAGUGCUGCCGAUUAGUGAAAUAAUUCGACUGAAACAAGUUGAUCAUGUGCAAAAUGAAAAAGAAAUUUUAUUCAGUGUUGAACAUCCUUUUAUUAUCAAACUCCUACUGACCAACCACGAUCCGACCUUCUUGUACCUCCUAUUCGAGUACGUCCCCGGCGGUGAGUUGUUCUCCUACCUGAGAAAUGCGGGUCACUUUAGUAACUCAACGACCCAGUUUUAUGCAUCGCAAUUGGUCCUCGUCCUCGAGUACCUUCACUUACAAAAUGUCGUUUACAGAGAUCUGAAGCCUGAAAAUUUGUUACUCGACUCACAAGGCCAUCUUAAAGUCACUGAUUUUGGAUUUGCAAAGAAACUUAUUGAUAGGACAUGGACCUUAUGUGGCACUCCCGAGUAUUUGGCUCCGGAAAUAAUUUUGAACAAGGGGCACAACAAGGCAGUCGAUUGGUGGGCCUUUGGAAUCAUCCUCUUUGAAAUGCUGGUUGGUUAUCCACCGUUCUAUGAUGAGACACCAUUUGGAAUUUACGAGAAGAUUUUAGAUGGAAAAGUUGAGUGGCCAAAGAUGUUUAAUCCUGUUGUUAAAGAUCUGAUAAGAAAGCUGCUUGUUCCUGAUAGGUCCAAAAGAUUUGGCAGUAUGAAGAAUGGAGCAGACGAUGUGAAGUGCCAUCGCUGGUUCCGUGGCAUCAACUGGCUGGAUGUGUACGAUAAAAAGUUCAUUGCCCCAAUUCUACCGAAAAUUCGGUACGAAGGUGAUGUUGGCAACUUUGACUCGUACACAGAGAUCGACAUGGACGCCAUGUUCCAUCCCGUCCAACUCGACGAACAAGCUCUCUUCUGCCACUUCUGA